AUGCCUUUGAGCCCUCAAAAGAGAUCAGUGGAUUUUCCCUCAACUAACGGAUCACACAAAAAACAAAAGCAGGAUUCGAGUACUUCCAGUGCAAACAACCAGUCUAAUGGUAUUUCUUCUAAUGCGGAUACAUCCUUAUUGAGAAAAAUCCCCGCGGCGUCGUCUUAUAACGAUUCUCAAUGGCAGGAAACUGUUAACAAAGUGGUCAAGGCGGUGGUGUCGAUUCACUUUAUGCAGGUGGAAGAUUUUGAUACCGAAUCCGCCAUGUGCAGUGAAGCUACCGGAUUUGUUGUAGAUGCUAGUUUAGGUCUUAUUCUUACCAAUAGACAUGUUGUUGGUUCUGGUCCCUUCAUUGGAUAUGCUGUAUUUGAUAAUCAUGAAGAAUGUGAAGUCAAACCUAUAUAUAGAGACCCCGUUCAUGAUUUUGGUUUUCUCAAGUUCAACCCAGCAGAUAUAAAGUACAUGAAGAUCAUGGAGUUAAAAUUGAGACCUGAUUUGGCUAAGGUUGGCUGUGAAAUUAGAGUUAUUGGUAAUGAUUCCGGUGAAAAGCUGUCCAUUCUUUCUGGUUUUAUUUCGAGAAUAGAUCGAAAUGCUCCUGAUUACGGCCCUCAGUCUUAUAAUGAUUUCAACACUGAAUAUAUUCAGGCUGCUGCCUCUGCAUCUGGUGGUUCUUCUGGUUCCCCAGUUGUCAAUAUAUACGGCAAUGCCGUUGCUCUACAGGCCGGUGGAUCGACUGAAUCCUCUACAGAUUUUUUUCUUCCAGUAUAUAGAGUCUUGAGAGCUCUGAAGUGUCUUCAAGAUAACAAACCCAUCACUAGAGGUACAAUUCAAGUUCAGUGGUAUCUAGAACCGUUUGAUAAAUGCAGAAGGUUGGGAUUGACACCGGAUACAGAAAAAGUAAUGAGACAGAAUUUUGUUCAUACAAAUGGCUUACUUGUUUCUGCGGUUACAUUACCUAAAGGUCCGGCUGACAAGUUAAUUAAAGAAGGAGAUUGUUUGAUCUCCAUCAACGAUAAGCUAAUCUCUUCAUUUGUCACAGUUGACGAGAUCCUGGAUUCAAGUGUGGGACAAGAUGUUAAGAUUCUGAUUCAAAGAGGUGGUAAAGAUAUAGAGGUUAUUUGUAAAGUUCAGGAUCUCCAUAGCAUUACUCCUGACAGAUACUUGUCCGUCUGUGGUGCUACUUUCAACGAUUUGAGUUACCAGUUGGCUCGUAUAUAUGGUAUUGCUGUUCAGGGCUUAUACGUUAGCAAUGCCGGUGGCUCAUUUGUCUUAGGUGCUCCAGAUUUGACGAACUGUUGGAUCAUAGAUUCUAUUGAUAAUAUCGAUACUCCUGAUCUGGACACUUUUAUUGAUAUCAUGAAAAACAUUCCGGAUCGGGCAUUUGUUCCUGUGAAAUAUCAUCAUUUGACUGAUAUUCAUGUGCCCUUGUUCAAAUACAUUUAUAUAGAUAGGCACUGGCACAAAUCUUUUAGGAUUGCCAAAAGAAACGACAAAACAGGCCUCUGGGACUUCAGUAAUAUCCAGAAAGAGCCCUUACCCCCACCUGUUGUCACUGCAAAGCAUGCAAAGUUUAUGAAUUUGCCAACAGAGUUCCCAGCCUGCAAAACAAUCAUUAGAUCCUUUGCAUUAGUGGAUGCCACCUAUCCUCUUCCUCUGGAUUCAUUUCCAGGCCAUGUUAGACGUGUUUAUGGUGUCAUCAUCGAUGCCGAGAAUGGAUACAUUCUAACUUCCAGACACUGUGUGGCCCAUGACCUAUGUGACAUUAAUAUUACCAUCGCUGAAUCUAUUAUUAUUCCGGCAAAGGUCGUUUUUCUACAUCCAACCAAAGGAUAUGCAGUCGUCAAAUAUGACCCAUCAUUAGUUAAAGCUCCUGUGGAGACACCAAAAUUUGGAACGAAACCUUUGAACAGAGGAGAAAAGGUCAUAUUCAUUGGCUAUAACAAGAGUUUGAGAGUUGUUGUUGAAAUGACAAAAGUGAGUGACGUUGGCGUCAUCAAUAUUCCUACAAAUUCCAACGCUCCCCGUUACAAAGCCACAAAUGUGGAAGCCGUCUUAGUUGAUUCUACUACGUGUCAGAAGUGUGGUUCUGGUGUUUUGGCUGAUACAGAUGGUACAAUACGUGCAUUCUGGCUUUCAUGCGACGGAGAAGAAGAUAGAAUGUAUACGAUGGGAGUUAAUGUUACCGAUGUGAUGUGGGAAUUGGAGUUUAUGAAGAGUGGGAAACUACCCGAUUUAAAGAUUAUCGAUGUGGAAUUUGGAUCUAUUCUCAUUGCUACCGCCAGAAUAAAUGGAGUACCAGAAGAAUGGAUCAAAAGGAUUGAGAACAAUUCCACGGACAAGCUGCAAUUUCUGUAUGUGCCGAGUGUGAGCACGAAUCUAGACAACAAGCGUUCGUGCAACUUAAAACCUGGCGACAUUAUUUUGUCCGUUAAUGACAAACUCAUCACUAGAUUCAGAGAUGUGGAUUCUGUUAUCCGAGAGUUAGCUCCAGAGGUUGAAGACGCAAGCUUUAAAGUUGUCAGGGAAAAGAAGGUGGUGGAUUUUGAGGUCAGUUUGACUAGAACUGCAAAUUUCCUUACUAGACAGGUUGUGUUUUGGUCUGGAUGUGCCUUACAAGAACCUCACCACGGUGUAAGACAAGCCAUUAGUAAAUUACCUUCGAAGGUAUACUGUACCUCAAUGUCCCAAGGUUCUCCUUCAAGGUUUUAUACAGUUGGAAUCACCAACUUUAUUACUCAUGUGAACGAGAUUCCAACUCCAACUUUAGAUGAAUUUUUGAAGGUGGUGAGGAAUAUUAAAGACAACACCUACUGCAAGCUUAGGAUUGUCUCUUUUGAUAAUAUUCCAAUGGCACAGACUCUGAAGGUCAAUUAUCACUACUUUCCUACUGUUGAGCUUGUCAAAGAUCAGUCUGCAGAUAAAUGGAUGUUCCACGAGAUUAUUAGUGAGGGUAAAGAAGAGUCGAAAAAACAUAGCGACGAGAAAUCCACUGAACAGUCCUAA